GGUUUGUCUUGCAGUGGGUUUCUUAGGGAUUGUUUCUGCUGCUUUGGGUUUUGCUGCUGAAGCUAAGAGGAUCAAGGUUUCUGAGGUUCAAUUCAGUGCUCCUGGGAUGUGUACGUACCCAAGAAGUCCAGCUUUAGCUCUAGGAUUGACUGCAUCAGUGGCUCUUGUUACUAUUAAUGUUUCAGCUGGUUGUGUUUGUUGCAAAACGAAUGCUCAUCCUUCAAAUUCUAAUUGGACCCUGGCAUUGGUUUGCUUCGUCUUUUCCUGGUUCACGUUCAUUAUAGCAUUUCUCCUCUUCCUGACAGGGUCUGCACUUAAUGACCAGCACGGUGGAGAGAGCAUGUACUUAGGCAGCUACUGUUAUGUGGUUAAGUCUGGGGUUUUCGCAGGAGGUGCAAUUUUGUCCCUUCUUAGUGUUAGCCUUGGAAUUCUGUAUUAUCUCACAAUAUACUCAACAAAAAAUGGAGCACAACGGGGGUUUACUGGACGUACUAAUCAAGGAGGUAUAGCGAUGGCACAACCUCAAGUCCCACCUGAAGUAGCACACCAACCUGUUUUUGUCCCUGAAGACACAUACUAUAGGCGCCAAGAGGCAUGAUUGACAAAAUAGCCACAAUUAUCUGCGAAUAUUUGAGCUUAGUUUGUGUGAUUUAUUUUUAACAUAUCAUUGCUAUCUAUUUUUGACCUCACGGUCCAUUUGGUUCGCUGAAGACGAUUUAAUGAUUUGGCCGACCUGUUCCUG